AUGCAAUUACAACAGGGUUUACACAACGGUGCUCAACUUGAAGAAGACGAUCUCCAAGUGCGGCGCAAAUUGGAUUUAGGUAAGGGCAUCGACCUAAAUAUUUCUUUAGAUGAUAUCUCUACUGAAGAGUCGAAUGAAAAUGUCGCAUGUGUUGAAUCAAUUCACUCUAGAAUAAGAAAAGAACAAAUUCCAGUACUAGGAAUGGAGUUUGAAACAGUAGACAAAGCCUACACUUUUUAUAAUACAUAUGCAUUCUAUUUUGGGUUUAGUGUGAGAAAAAGUAAAUCCCAUUUCUUUAGCAAUAAGAAAUUGAGAGAUAGACUAUUUGUUUGUCAUGCUGAAGGUAAACGUGAUGUAGAUACUCGUGAUGCCGCCGAUGUCAAGUCUCACCGUGCAGAAACAAGGUUCGAGUGUCUAGCUAGGAUGAAAAUCAGUUGUGUUUCAAAUGGUGAUAUGUAUCGUGUCAUUGAGUUUAUUCCUAAUCAUACACAUGUUACAUCUAGUCCUUCGAAGACACAUCUUUUUAGAUCUCAUAGGAAAAUGAGUGCUAUAAAUAUAGCUCAAGCCGAAAUGGCGGAUAGGUCUGGAAUAAAUCCUAAAGAAACAGUAGAAUUUAUGAGUAGACAAGCAGGCGGUCGGGAACAUCUUGGAUUUAUUCCACUUGACUAUAAAAAUUAUUUUCGCACCAAGCGAACAAGAGAAAUGAAAACAGGAGAUACGGGAGGUGUAUUAGAAUAUCUGCAAAAGAAGAAAUUGGCUGAUCCAAAUUUUUUAUAUGCCAUACAAGUGGAUAAAGAGGAUUUAAUAACUAAUAUAUUUUGGGCUGAUGCCAGAACGAUGGUAGACUAUGAUUAUUUUGGCGACGUGGUUUGUUUUGAUACCACUUUUAGAAAAAACAAAGAAGGAAGACCUUUUGCGAUGUUUGUUGGAGUUAACCAUCAUAAGCAAUCAGUCAUAUUUGGUGCUGCACUUCUGUAUGAUGAAACUGCAGAGACUUUUGAGUGGUUGUUUGACAUUUUUGCUAAAACCAUGUCCGGGAAGAAACCAAAGAGUAUUUUUACUGAUCAGGAUGCUGCAAUGGCAAAAGCUUUAGCAUCGGAGUGGCCGGAAACAACCCAUCGGUUAUGCAUUUGGCAUAUAUUUCAAAAUGCAGCUAAACAUCUUAGCCAUGUUUUUGAAAAAUUCGAUAACUUCGCUAAGGAAUUUAGCAACUGUGUAUAUGAUUACGAGGAGGAAAAAGAAUUUAUAGAUGCUUGGAAAAAUAUGCUUGAGAAAUAUAAGCUCCAAGAUAAUGAAUGGUUCAGCAGAUUAUUCAAUAUAAAAGAAAAAUGGGCUUUGGUUUAUGGAAGAAAUACCUUUAGUGCUGAAAUCACCACCACCCAACGAAGUGAAAGCUUGAACAGUUUGGUAAAAAAAUAUGUCAACUACAAGUAUGAUAUGUUGCGUUUUUUUCGUCGUUUUGAAGGGCUAGUUGAUGAUCGUCGUUAUGAAGAGUUAAAAGCAGACUUCAAAGCAAGCCAGAGCUUCCCUGCACUUUCAUUUCCGGUAAAGAUUUUAAAACAUGCAGCAAUCGUAUAUACACAUGAGGUUUUGAAAUUAUUUCAGAAACAAUUAUGUAGAGCUCAUGAUUGUACCGUGAAUUACCUUGGAGACACUAGUAUGACAGUUAGAAAAUAUGGAGUUAUUCCUCAUGCGCAAGAAUAUCACCGAACAGUCAUCUUUGAUAUGGAAAAUAAUAACAUCUCUUGUAGCCGCAGGAAAUUUGAAUUCGCAGGCAUCUUUUGUUCACAUGCUCUAAAAGUUUUGUCCCUGCACAACAUUAAAAGUAUUCCUACUCAGUACAUUUUAAAAAGGUGGACGAAAGAUGUGAAGUCCGGCAGUGUAAAAAUAAGUCCAAUAGCUACCACUGCAAAUGAUCCCAAAGGAGAUAUAAUAAAACGUUACAGAGAGUUGUGUAGACUACACGUUCAGUUGGCGACAAGAGCAUCAGAGUCAAGUGAAGCAUAUGAAAUUGCUUUGUCAGGAUUUAACAACACACUAGCAAAGGUUGACGACAUUCUCAGAGGAAUAACAACUAAAGAAAAUUCACAACCAAUGUUGCCAACGACCAAUAAUCUAGAAAAUCCAAGUGUAGUUGUACCCAUCCACGGUGAUAAUGGUAAUGUGAGGGGAAUAAAAAUCAAAGAAAAAGAAGUAGGUGUUAGCUCCAAAAGGCCACAAAGCGGUUUAGAGACAGAGACUAAUAAGAAGAAAAAGGGCGCUUUACAAACAGCCACUACCAAGCAGAAAAGAGCUCGAAGAACCCUGUUAGAUCCAAAAAAAUAG